GUUUCAAGCGUGCAAAAAAGAGGAGCGAGUUCUAGGGGAGAUAGCGUUCCUUUCAGGCUUUCAAUUUCUACAUUCACAGUUAACGUCUGACGCGUUUAGUUUGUCUCUUCAAUUUUUGAUCUGUUAUUAUGUCUGACGAAAGAAAACCAAAAAAGUCAAGAACCAAAAAUCUUGAAGAUAAGGUUGUAGCAUCGAGUUCAUCAACCCCAUCUGCAAUGGAGCGAAAUAAUGAAGUUUCUGAAAAGCCCGAAGUACCUUCCAGUCCAAUACCAGAUGAACAUUCAAAUUCACCUCUUGUAGAGCCCGAAGACGAAGAAAGAGAAGAUGAGGAGGAGGAAGAGAAAGAACAUGGUGACGAAGAAAUAGAUGACAAAGUGGAAGAAGACGAAGAGGAUGAGGACGAAGAAAAAAAUGGGACCCCUUUACCAUGGCCUAAGAGUGACGACUUCGAGCUUUUCAAGCGUAUCCGAAAAGCAUGCCCGAAGGAAGAUGCCAUGAAGUACGACUCGCGUGUGAACCACUUAAAUUGGGAUUUCAUUAAAUUUCAAGAUUAUUCUGCUGAACAAUGUAAAGAUCGAUGGUUACAUGUUCAAACUCAUUUGAGGCAUUAUCGGAUCCUUGCCGAAGUUUUAGAUGAUGCUGCAUCGUGGGUAGAUAGACCGUGGUACAACUUUAACAAAGGCGGAAAGAAUAACCAGAAGCAUCCUGAUCAGCCUAAAAAACCACUAACUUCCUACAUGUUGUUCUACAUGGAACAGAAAGAUGCUGUUUUGGAGGAACAACCAGGGCUUGGAAUGACGGAGUUGAGCAAGAUUAUUGCCAAAAUGUAUAAUGAACUAAGCGAUCGGAAGAAAAUGAAGUAUUCAGAACUGGCGGAAAAAGAGAAAGAAGCGUACCAAGAGAAGAUGAAGAAGUUUAUGGAUGCUCACCCAGACUAUAUACUACCAAAAUCAAAACAAACUUCUAAGGCAGUUCCUCCUAAACCCCCUACACCAUUCAAACUAUUUAGUGAUGAAAAGAUGCCAAAAUUUGUGGGUGAAGGAAUGUCAUUGACUGAAGCCAGAGAGAAAUGUAGAGAUGCCUACAAGGAGUUGAAGGAUAAACAAAAACUAAAGUGGAUUUAUCGAGCUCUGGAACAAGAACCCGAGUUUAAUGAGGAGAUGGAAAAAUUUAAAACGCAGCACCCAGAUGUUGAUGUCCCAGCAAAGAAAUUGAGUCUGUUGACCAAAGAUGAAUUACAGAUCAAACACAAGAAUGAGGGCAAACCAGUUAAACCACCAAACUCUGGAUAUAGUCUAUUUUCCAAAAAACUUCUCUCGGGCAAUUCUUUGAAGCAGUUUGGGACUAAAGAAAGGAUGACUGAAAUAUCAAGACUCUGGAAGGAAUUAAGUGAUGAAGAAAAGACUAAAUACAAUGACAAAGCUACACAAAUGAAUUACGCUUACAAAAUGAAGUAUGCCUCUUAUCUUGAAACUCUGACUCCUGAACAGCGAAAUGCAGAACUGUUAAGUUCUGUAGGGAAAAAUCUGAAACGAAUGGCUGCCAAAAAGGCUGAAGAUGGACAGCCGGUGGGUAAGAAACCAAAAAUUGGUACAGCUGUUGAUGUUGGUUCUUCGUCAGAAGUAGAGAGUGAGGAUGUAGAUAGUGAUGAGAAGGAUUUAGAAAUCCCCCCCAAGACCACUAUUCGAAAGCCAAAUUCUUCACUUCAAAUGUUUUGCAAUUCCAAUAUGGAUAAGUACUCCUCUAAACAUCCCAAGCUGACCAAACAAGAACUCGCAAGAUUAAUGGCUAAAGAAUUUGCCAAGCUUAGCAAAGAAAAAAAGAAGAUCUAUGGAAAUAUGGCUCAAGAGUCUAAAAAUGAAAUGUCUGCAACAAGUAAAAAGUCAGCGUCCAGUAGGUUGAAAUCAAAAAUUUCAAAGGCAUCCGAGACCUCAAAGAAAACUGUCAAGCCUACUUCCGCAACUUCAAAAUCCCCAGAGCGUUCAAGUGAUUCGCCGUCCAAAAGAUCCGCGGCAAAUGCUGAUUCUAAAUCUGCGAAACCAUCUUUGAAUGCCAAUGCGAAGUCAUCAACAGAGAAAGUGGCUUCAAAAACACUGAAAUCCCCUAUUUUGGCGGCUAAUCAAUCGUUGUUCAAAGGAGAGAAGAUGACUGAACCACUUAAACCACCAGCGAGUGGUGCUGCUUAUUACGUUAUGACGCAUCAUUCCCAAUUGGGCGAUCUUACUCCUGCUGAAAUUGAUGCUCUUUGGGGAAAGGUGUCUGAGAAACAGAAGAAGAAGUGCAUUGAAGAACACAAAAAGAAGCAUCAAGACUAUGUUUGUGAAUUUGAAAAAUUCAUCAGGACAUUGAAUCCAGCCGAACUUAGAUCUUAUCGCACAAUCAUGAAGAAUCGUGCUCAGGAUCAGACGGAUGAAAAUAAAGAAAGUUCUGACGAAGAAUCUGAAUCGACUAGUUCAAAUGAAGAUCAAACAAGUGGCGGCUGCUCUGACAACGAUGAUCCCCAAAUAUCCUCGGACGACGACUAAACCGGCUGAAAAUGUACCACUGAAAGUGUUUUAUUGAAGUGUAAAAUGUUUCACCAGCUACAAACUUCGUGAAGUGCCUAUCAAUUCUAAGUUAGUGGUCGUCAAAUUGGUGUUGAACAUCCAUUCAUUCAUAAUCUAGAAAUGGGUAACUAGGAAAUUCUUUGAAGGUUUUAUGUGCUUAAUGUUUUAAAAAAAAAGGGGAUCGACUAGUAUAUGUUGAAUGUAUUUAGUCGCUCUCAGUUUCAAUAAAAUUAUUCCGUUCUAAAA